CAACUAACUUUUUUCCAGUACCGUCCCGAAGUACAAAAUUAACCGCCCCAAACUAAACUUGACCUGUUGUCCCGCAGUUGUCCAAAAGACUAUGUUGAACUAUUCCCUACAUCUUUUCUAUCGGGGCUGUCUGUCUCUAUUCAUCUGAUCAGGACGGGACGCCGUUAAUUUCGAGCCCUCUUUUAGGAACCCUGGACAAAAUAAGAUGAACCAGAAUCUGCUGUUUUUUGGAUCACAGAAAAUAUUGGUCCUAUUUUAGCUACCUGUGAGAAACCAGCCUUUAAUUUGUGUGAGAUUUUGGGUGUUUGUCUUGUGUAUUGAACUGCCUGGAUAAGUGAUGCAGUUUGUAAAUUCCAUUACAUCAGCAGCAACAGGUUUGUUUGACUUGCUGGUCUACGACUAUUUGGAAUUGAAUUAGAUUAGUCAGAAGUAUUGUCCUGUCAUGAACUAAUGACCUACCUAGUUCUAUCAGCAUUGACAUAACACUUACUUAGGGGAUUGUAUUCAUGGGGCUGUAAUAAUGCAAACAAUAUUGCUUGGCUUAUGAUCUUAUAUAACUGUGUAUAGCUGAGGCAUAUUUUUCUCCCCCCUUUGUCUCUCCAUCUUUCUCCUUGUCUCCCUUCAAUACAUAUAUACAGUACAUUCAUACAUACAUACAUAAGUGUCAGAUUAUUGAAAGUAAUCUUUUUACUAGUAAUGUUGCUGACUUUCACUCUUAAUCUCUGUGUGCCUGAUUCAGUUAUCUGCCUCCUCUGUGGGUGUGUGUGUGUGUGUGUGUUGACUGCCCGGGCAGCAGCUACACGUAACAGUACAGAGAAUGAUCUUCCGUGUUCCAAGGUUUUCAGCUUUUUAUAGCUGAUGCAAAUGCUGUUCCUUUCUGAUAAUAUUGAGCUCCCAGUUGGCUAAGAGUCACUACUGUGACACCGUAUGUGUGUGUCUGUUUGCGAGUGUGUAUUAACGUGCGUGUGUAUGUGUCUUCCGGUCUACGCUGUAUUCAGGAGCCCGUCUCCUCCUGAAGCUACUGUCCUGGGUGUGGCAUACACAGCGUCUGCAUCUGUGUAGAUUUAUGAUCCAUCUCUGACUCAUACCCCAGGAGAGAUGAGAUCGAUGAGAAGAUUCCCUCCAGAGCAGACGAGAGAAUGAGUCAAGCCCACAGAUGCUCUGAAUGUCGCUGCCGUGCAUUGCAUGUAAAUCCAUGUAAUCACAUCUUCGAUGUCUACAUGUCAGUCCCCGGCUAGACAGGAAGCUCAUCGGCCUUAACUGACAUCCCACGAGCCUUGGUUCCUCCCUCAGACUGUUCUCCCUCCCCAGCGAUGUUCCUACUUGGGUGCUGCUGAAGAUGCAAACUUCAACUGUCCUACCUACUGUGACUAACCACACAACAGUGUUCUCCAACGUCACCUUCACCACCAAGUCCCAAGAACAAAUCCUAACCCAGAGUUCUGGGGCCAUGAUUGCUGUCAUCGUUCUAGGAAUCAUCAUCAUUCUUGCCAUUCUACUUGUCACCCUGAAGACCUACAACAGGCGGACUCAUGCUUCCAGAGUAAUGGGUGGAAGCUCCAAGCCCCGGCAGCCGAAGAUGUCCUCUUCCACUGUCCAGACCAGCAUGGCCAACGGCAACCUGAGAGUCGGUUCCGCCAUGCGCGACAUCGCUCUCGCAAACCGCACCACAGAAAACGGUUUCCGUAUUCCCCGGGUCGAACUUUCCAACAUGGACACCCACAACGUGGAAAACCCAGGCAGUACAGACAGUGUCAACAAUUCAGAGCAUGUCAGCACGAUCAGCGGCUCCACUGUGAUCACAAUACACGACAUCCCUUCGCUGGGAAACACAUAACGGCCCGGCCCAGGAUUGGCCAGGGAACAGGAUAUCUAAGACGGCAACUUCACGCUGGGAAACAAAACAUGAACAAAACAGUGUCGUCAGAAGAGUAGGAGGCAAUGAGAGACGUUAUAUUCAAGCAGAGAUGGAUGGAUUCUCUCUGUAAACGUACACUAUUAUUCUGUUGAUCAUAGUGUUGGGAUCAGGAAAGACUAGCCUGUGUAUGCAUGUCAACUGUGCCAACUAUCUGCCGCUCUGCAUAUUUGCCAGUGAAGGGGAAGUGUGUGUGUGGUCGCCUGUAUGUGUGUGUGUAUGUGUGUGUGUGUGUGUGUGGUUGAGAAUGCCCCAAGGGCUCCAAGACCAACAUUUAAUAAAACCUUUUUUUAAUGUUAGACAUCAAAGUGUUUAAGACCAUGAUAUACUCUGUAAAUGUGUGUUCUUAACCCUGUGGAUCUGAUCUGCAGAUAAUUAUUAAAUUAAACCUGUUGAAUUUGAUAUCAAAGGAUUUUGCACUUUGCACACACCUUGUUCUGUAUUUGUUAUGUUUUGUGGUUCUUUCAUUGCAACUAAUAUUGACAAAUAAACGUCAUAAUUUGUA